UUCAAUAUCAAUGCAAUAGUUUUAUAGUAUUCAUUGUACUAGAUUUCUAGAUAUAGAAUCUAGAUCUAUGAAAUAUUUAUUUAUAUUAUUACAAGAUCUAAAUGUCUAGUACUAGUACAUGAAAAAAGCUUUGAACAUUUUUGUAAAAACAAAUAAUGAAACGCAAUUUACCAAAAGAAGAUGAACCAGUUGUGUCCAAAGUUCCCAGAUUUUCAACUGGUGAUAGUGAGGGUACAUUAGAUGAAGAAAAUUCCAAUUCUACCUUACCAUCCACAACAUCUGUUAGUGAGUCUUCAGUCGUACAGUCCUUGAGUAAUGGCCAGCCAAACAAUAGUGAAUCAAUUAGCUCAGGAGCUAAUGGUGGGCCAAACAACAGUGAAUCAAUUAGCUCAGGAGCUAAUGGUGGGCCAAACAACAGUGAAUCAAUUAGCUCAGGAGCUAAUGGUGGGCCAAACAACAGUGAAUCAAUUAGCUCAGGAGCUAAUGGUGGGCCAAACAACAGUGAAUCAAUUAGCUCAGGAGCUAAUGGUGGGCCAAACAACAGUGAAUCAAUGAGCUCAGGAGCUAAUGGUGGGCCAAACAAGAGUGAAUCAAUGAGCUCAGGAGCUGCAAGAACCACAGCCAUCACUGAGUUGCCUAUAGCCAUGCCCGGCAGGUUCACUAUGCUACACAACAGAAUAUUCCCAUCACAAGGGCUAUGUUUGAGAGGGGAGGGGAGAACAAGGAGCAUUUCAGCUUGUGAAAGCCAUUCCUCAAGAGUGGAGCAGUUCUUGCCCCAAGAAUCAGCCAGGGUGAGAUUGUGCCCCAGCAGACACUCCCCAGUACAAGCCCAGUCUAUAGACAGGACCAAUGGGGGUAAGGCUAGCAGUCCUGGCUCUAUGUCUGCUGGUAGCUCCAGUCUGGGGGACACACACCACUGGCUCCUGCACCCAACCCAGGAAGAUUCCAGCAACACUGCUAGAGCUGGCCAGGAACCAUCUCAUGCCACAAAGCAGAAGACUAGCGGCUCCUCACCUGACCAAAAUGGAGCAGCAUCUGAGCACAAGAGAACUAGUUCACCAAGCAGCUCUGGGAGCUUGUUUAGAAAGGCCUCCUCCUCUUUGGGGUAUACUGCAGGAUCACAUCAAACCAGCCUCAUAGGACCAUGUAAAACCAGCCUUAUAGGACCAUGUAAAACCAGCCUUAUAGGACCAUGUAAAACCAGCCUUAUGCCCAGAAAAAAAUCAAACUCAGAAUCAACUGUAUCCAGAUGUAUUGGCAUAGAGGGAUCUUCUGCUCGCAGUAGAGGACUGACAACAUUUUCUGCUCUCAGUUCUGGCUACCAGCCAUCCACAUUUCUGCCAGCUGCUUCAACAGGUGCAUCAGCUGCAUCAAAAAUAAUCAAUGCAUCAACUCUUAAAUGUGCUUCAUCAAUAACAGGUGCAUCAAAAGUAACUGGUGCAUCAGCAGUAUCAGGUGCUUCAGCAGUCACAUGUGCGUCAACAGUAACAGGUGCUUCAUCAGUCACAGGUGCAUCAACAGCAACAGGUGUAUCAGCAGUAACAGGUGCUUCAUCAGUCACAGGUGCAUCAACAGUAACAGGUGCAUCAACAGCAGCUGAAACUCCUUCUAGUUUUGUGUCAGGAUCUAGGCAUGAAGAAAGCUCAGAGCUUAGGCUCAUGCCCAGGCAUGAAGAGAGCUCAGAGCUUAGGCCCAUGCCCAGGCAUGAAGAGAGCUCAGAGCUGCGGCUGAUGUCGAGGAUGAGACUGAUGUACCACUCGUGGUCUGCUGCUGUAGUGGCUGCUGGUGACCAGCACCAUCUGGACGCUGGCUUGUCUUCAUCUUUGCUCAUCCCACCAGCAGGUCAGGCCAUCAAUGCCCAGAGACCUUACUUACCCCGGGGUUUGGUGCACGACGCCCGACUGCCAUCUUGGUGGCAAACCACACUAGAGCAAGCUGGGCAGAUAGAAGCAGCUGAUGUUGCCUCGCCAGAAACUCCGAAGCCUUUUCCUGCGCCUGAGGAGGACCUUGUGGGGGAGAGCACCAACCAGAGUGGAAGCAACAACAAAAACUAUGCAGCUUUGAUUAAAAGGGCUGGGCCGUAUAUACUAGGGCCAAGGAUUGGGUCCUCACCAGUCAGAAGUAUUGUCCAGUGUUUGGCACGCAAAGAGGGAACUAGCAAAUUCUACAUCAUCAAGAUCCUGACCUUGACUGAGCCAGCUCAAGAGAGCAUGGAUGACAGACAGGGCAAGAUGCUGAUGUUGACAGAGUUCUCUCUACUGUCCCAGCUCACACAGGCUAAAGGAGUUGUCCAUUGUAGAGAUUUCUUUAAGGACCAGGCCUGGGACACGAGAGAGAAGAGGCUGGUCAAGCGCCUGUGUCUGGUGGUGGACUGUCUGAUGGCGCAUGACUACGAGCCUGAAUCUCAGUUCCUCAUUAACCUCCAACACCAUGUCAUCCAUGAGAAAAAGCUGAAUGAGAAAGAGGCUUUGAUUAUAUUUUGGGACAUUGCAAGAAUUGUGGAGCAGCUUCACAAGAAAAAUAUUGUGCACCGUGACCUGAAGCUGGGCAACAUGAUUGUAGACAGACGUUCAUGGAGGGUAACUCUGACCAACUUUUGUCUGGGCAAACAGUUACACUCUGAGAAAGAUAAACUUCGCGACCAGAGAGGUAGCCCGGCAUACAUCAGUCCUGAUGUUCUCAGUGGGAAACCCUACUAUGGCAAGCCAAGUGACAUGUGGGCUCUGGGUGUAGUCUUGUUCACCAUGCUCUAUGGCCAGUUCCCUUUCUAUGACUGCAUGCCACAGGAACUCUUUAGGAAAAUCAAAUGUGCUGAGUUCACUAUCCCAAAUGAUGGCAGAGUAAGUGAAGACACCAAGCAGUUGAUCCACCAGCUGCUGACCCUAGAUCCACAAACAAGAAUGACCGCUGGUCAAGUGGUUGAUGCUUUGGAAACUAGCAUUGGUAAAUGGAAAGGCAUGAUGGCUUGUGAGAGCGACCAGGUUGUGCCCAACAUUGCUGCAGCAGAGCCAGAGCUGGCAGAGAAUGAUUCCCAGGCCAGGGCAUCUAGCCCUACACUGUGCAGGGAGCAGACGACAGAGGGCAGACGCCAGGGGGCGGAGGGCAGCAAACCCGUGCUGAUCAAACACUCCACGGAUGCCAAACCCAUGUCAUCUGCUGAAGUGCUAGCCAUACGUCAUCUUUUUACCAACAGGAGCUAAGUUGAGCUCUCUGGGUUGGUAUGGUCAGAUCAAGAUUUGAUUGGUUGGAUGGUCAGAUCGACAUUAGAUUGGUUGGGAUGGUCAGAUCGACAUUAGAUUGGUUGGCAUGGUCAGAUCGACAUUAGAUUGGUUGGGAUGGUCAGAUCAUUAGAUUGGUUGGGAUGGUGAGAUCAACAUCUGAUUGUUAACUUUUUCUGGAUAUGUAAAAGUUAAUUAUGGUGUGGAAAGGUGUAAAUAAAAAUUAAAUGUUUUAGGAACCAAAUUGAAAUAAUGUACGAUCAUUAAUUUUCUGUAUUGCUUUAGAUACAACAGUAAAAUAUUUUUAGUUUUAUUUACAUUUAAAAUUAAAUUGAUACAUUUUUAAUAGAGAAAUUGUUCAUUUAUACUGUCAACUGGGAGUAGAAAUAAUUUUUUUAUGUUUAAGAUUGAUGUACAUUUUUUUAUCGGUCUAUCUUGGUGUAAAUAUGUUGGAAGUUGAUAAGUUGUACAUUGAAAAGUUUGGUCUAAGUUGAUGUAAAUUUAUUAUACCAAGGAGAUGAAGGUAUUUGUAUGGGCAGCCUGGGAGUGUUUAGCUCACCUCUAGAUGGACUGGUGCAUUCUUCUCAUACUGGCUCAGGUGGGGCUGGCAAAAACAACAACCAACAUAACAUUAGAGGGGGGGGGAGGGGAAGAAUAUCUUCUCACAGUGAUGUUUUAGGAUGUGCUGAUCUAGAGAUGUGAUGUUUUAGGGAUGUGAUGUUUUAGGGAUAUGAUUAUCCUGAAGUGUGCUGCUCAUUGUGAGCUCUUUAAAUGCUUGUAAUAAAAUUUAACACAUUUUUAAUUCAAAGUCAGAAUUCACUGUAUCCCCAGAUCUAGUUAAUGUCAAUUAGAAAUUGUUAAUGAAGUUUCAAUCUCUGGGGUUAAAGUUAAUGAUGUCAUGUGACUAGGAAAAGUUAACUGGGGCUCACUAAUUCACUAUAAUUAUUUCUCUUGUGAGGUGAAUCCUAUUUGUUCCACAGCUAUUCCAUGAGUCAUUGAACUGGUGAAAAAAAAUCAAAUUUUCUGAAAGGUUAAUGCAGAACUGACAGACAGAAUGUGCCAUAAAAAAUUUUUAAUUUUAUUAUUUAUACAUUUUUUUUUUAAUCUGAAAAUGUUAUUACAAUGAGCUGUAGUAAUGUGAUUUUGGGAUUCAAAUUCUACCAUUAUAAUAACAUUAUACAAUUGUCCAAGUAUUUUCAUGUUAUAGAUAUAAAUUGUGUUUUUAAAAUGGCUGCACUGAGUAUUCAUCAAAAUAUGAAUUAAAAAAUAUCAAAUUUUGAGUGAUUUACUUUAUUGGUAUUAGACAAUCAUUGGUUUCAAACCAUGCCAUCACAAUGCAGCACCCAGUGGAAAAAUAUAUUUUACAAGUGACAUAUUUACAGAUAAAAUACACUGGAGCUCUUCACACUCCUUGCCCUACAUGACAGCAGGUACUCUAGUUUUAUAUCUCAUUUAUCAACCAAAUUGCCGUUCACUCCCCUGAUUUAUUAAAAAUAAUUGUCAUUCACUCCCUUAUGGGUAAACAAAAAAUUAACUCCCCUGAUUUGACAGGGACCAACCAUAACUGACAGUGAAUUUGUAUGGUAUUUUACAAGGUGAAAAACCAAAUUCUGUAAUCUACAGAGUAGAAAUUGUUACUAAUGUAACACAAUGUAUAAUUUUAAAAAUCAAAACAGCCAAACAGUGAAAUUAUCCCCUUAUAUAAUAAGAUAAGAAUUCAAGAGUAACGUACAAUGGAUGUGAUUUAACAAUCUCCCGCCCAGGACAUCAAAAGUAGUUUACUUACCCGACGGCUAUGAGAAAAGAUAUUUAGAAAUGACCACUAAUGUUUAGAAAUAAAAAGCAUCUAACACAAAAUAUUCUGAAAUUAUUAUGUAUUAGGUAAAAUAUUACUUUAAUCUAAAAAAAACAAA